GGUUAUUUUAAUGAAUUGAAUGUCUAAACUCAAAACACAGUUACAAAAUUAUACAAGCCUGAAGCUUUUCUAUCUACUUUUUUAUGGGUAUUUCAGGGUUUAUCAAAGGGUUUAGUAUCCUCAACAAAGCUAAACCCAGAAAAAUAUUACACCCAUACAAUAAUUACAUUCAAAGCAGAAAUUUUUCACAUUUCCAAAACUUCAAUUCUGAUAAUUCUGUACUCCCAGUUUUAAUUGUUGGUGCUGGACCUGUUGGUUUAACUCUUUCAAUACUUCUCACCAAACUCGGGGUAGAAUGUGCCAUUUUGGAGAAGAACAAGGUGUUUUCGAACCACCCACAAGCACACUUUAUAAACAACCGGUCUAUGGAGAUAUUUCGCAAGCUGGAUGGUCUGGCAGAGGAGAUUGAAAGGUCACAACCACCUGUAGAUUUAUGGAGGAAGUUCAUAUAUUGUACUUCAUUAACUGGUCCAAUUAUUGGUUCAGUGGAUCAUAUGCAGCCUCAAGAUUUUGAAAAAGUUGUCAGCCCAGUAUCUGUUGCUCACUUCUCGCAGUAUAAAUUAAAUAGGCUGUUACUCAAGAAGCUGCAAGAGCUGAACUUCUGUGUUUUUAAACCUGAAAGCCCAAAAAGCCAUGAAAAUGGCCCUCUCAGGAGAAGAGAAUUAUUAAUGGGGCACGAAUUUGUAUCAUUCAGUGCCAAUGAUCACUGUGUUACAGCAACUGCUUCUCAUACUGUGGAAGGGAAGUACAUAGAGAGAGAUAUCUGCUGCCGUAUUCUUGUUGGUACUGACGGUGCUGGAAGUAUUGUACGGAAGCUUGCAGGUAUAGAACUGAGAGGUGAAAAAGACUUGCAAAAGCUUAUUAGCAUUCAUUUUUUUAGCAGAGACCUUGGAAAAUACUUGCUCAGUGAAAGACCUGGAAUGUUGUUCUUUAUUUUCAACACUGAAGCUAUUGGAGUCCUUGUUGCUCAUGAUCUCAAGGAAGGAGAAUUCAUAAUGCAGGUGCCCUUCUAUCCACCUCAGCAGGAUGUCAAGGAUUUUAGUAAAGAGAUAUGCAGGGAUUUAAUUCUCAAAUUGGCUGGUCGAGAGCUUUCAGACAUUAAUAUGAUUGAAGUAAAGCCAUGGGUGAUGCAUGCUGAAGUUGCAGAAAAGUUUGUGAGCUGUAACGGUCGAAUUGUACUUGCUGGUGAUGCUGCUCAUCGAUUCCCUCCAGCUGGUGGCUUUGGAAUGAAUACUGGCAUUCAGGAUGUUCACAAUCUUGCCUGGAAAAUAGCUUCUUCUAUGAGGGGCAUUGCACCAUCUUCAAUAGUUCAUACAUAUGAAAUGGAACGUAAGCCGAUUGCUGUAUUUAAUACAGCUCUCAGCGUCAAAAACUUCAAAGCAGCCAUAUCAGUUCCUGCUGCCCUGGGUCUUGAUCCAUCCGUAGCACACUCAGUUCAUCAAGCUAUUACUGAUGGGAUUGGUUCCAUUUUACCAUCUGGAGUACAGAAGGCAAUGUUGGAUGGGAUUUUCAUGAUAGGCCGUGCACAGGUUUCAGAAGCUCUUUUAAAUGAAAAGAACCCAAUUGGGCAUUCAAGGCUUGAACGAGUGAGGCGCAUCUUUGAAGAAGGAAAGAGCCUUCAGCUCCAGUUUCCUGCUGAGGAUCUUGGUUUCAGGUACCUAACUGGAGCACUGGUUCCUGAUAGUGAUAGCAAGGAAGAUGUUCCAAAACCACCCACUGGCCGUAGAAGGGACUAUAUUCCUUCUGCAGAUCCAGGUUCAAGACUGCCCCAUAUGGAUGUGCGGAUAUUAUCAAACUUACCUUAUGAGGCGACUAUUUCUACACUUGAUCUUCUAUCGGGGGACAAAGUUGAGUUCCUUCUCAUUGUAGCACCACAUGAUAAGUCAUACCAACUUGCCCAUGCAGCAUUCAAGGUUACUGAGGAAUUUAAAGUUUCUACAAAAGUUUGUGUAUUAUGGCCUGCUGAUAAAUCUGAAGCAUUAUCCAGUGAGAAGGCAUUGGCACCUUGGAAGAACUACAUCGACGUUAUGGAAGUUAAGAAAUCGUCAAAUCUGCCAUCAUGGUGGAGUAUAUGUAAGAUGACUGACAAAGGAGCAAUCUUAGUCAGGCCUGACGGGCACAUUGCUUGGCGUGCAAAAUCAAAUGUCAACGAUGAUCCAGUUUCAGAGAUGAGGAGAGUUUUUUCUGCUAUAUUGGGGGUCAAAUAACCGAAAUAUGACAUCAUUUCUACAGUACAACAGUGUUAGUUACAUGGAGAAUUCAUUGCAAAUUAACAUCACUAUAGAAGAUUCUUUGAUACCACUGAAGAACAGUACUAUAGAAGGCUAUCGAAAGUAUUUGUGGCGUAAAUUAUUGUGCCUUGUUGUUCAUAACAUUCAUUGUAAAUUGGAAAUGGACAUGUACAAAGCACUCUUGAACAUUUUGUCUGUUGCUAUUGUCUACUUCCAUCAACUGGGCAUAACACAUGCCAAGUGAUGGUUAUAGCACAUGUAUGGUCGAACACGAGUCACAUUAUUGUAGGUUAAAUGCUUAAUCCUUCGCGAUUGAAAGAUGGAAAAUAGUGUGAAUUUUAGAAUCUUUUAA